CCGGAAGUGAGUGACAUCCAUCAGCUGGUCGCGGAUCUAGAGGACGCUCGAGCAGAAAUAAGUUCUCUGCGGGCCGAAAUCGAAGGGCUAAUGGUCUAUCAAGAUGAUCUGCAUCACGAUUUUGAAUUAGUGCAGAGCAUGUUGGAAGACCGACAGUCUGAGGUUGAGAGGCUGCAGCAGGACCUCCUCGUCGCUCAGACUCGUGCCCAAUCCGAUUUCGAGAGUCCGUUGCGCAAACUGCAGCGUAGGAUUACAGAGCCGUGCAGCACUCUUGAAGAACGCGAUGAAGACUUGUACGUGCUCAACGAGGCGAAGGUUGACCUCAGUACCGCCGCCAGUUAUUUGGCUGGCUUCCAUGAGCAGUUGCCGCAGUCCAACAGGAGGACUACAAAUGUAGCGGGUAUUCUGACUCCUGAUUCGGACUCGGAUACUGACUGCGUUAGUGAGGACUACCUGCCAUUUGAUUGCCCCGGUGGUGAAGCGAUUGUCUCCAACUUGCAAACGACUCCCAUCCUCGGAGCUCCGCAACCACAUGACUCCGCUCAGCAGGAGGUGCAACAGGGGGAUGUGAGCACGCCAGAGGCUGUCAAAGUAAUUUACUUUUUUGUAUUCUCAUUUUCCUAA